CUCUGAGGUCGCAGGUGUUCGUGCACUAACAGGGCAUAGACUUGCUUGUCCCUAACCCGCAUAGACAUCUGUCCCAGAGAACAGCAGGCAACAGUGUGAGUGCAGCUGGACUGCGGCCUGGGUCUGCCUAGAGAGUAGCAUCUUACAGGCUCCUGCGGCCAUAACUCUGAAGGCUCACUUGCAUGCCUAGAGGAAAACUUUGCUCUUAGGAAGGAAUCGGAGGUGCUCUGUGAUGCAGAAGCAGACUGGACCUGCCAGUAUCAUUCGGAAGAAGGUUUACUCAUAGAAAGCUGUCCAGAGCUGGCCAUCUGCUCACCUCUAACAGGGAGCAGCCCUAUCUUCCAAGGCCAGUUGGCAUCACCAAUGAAAGCAGGGCUCCUAGCUUCAUAACACCUCUGACUUUUCUUGGCUGUUUUGAUACUCCCACUACUCCCACAUGCCAGCACCUAGGCAAGAUCUCCAUAGCUUCACCUUUCCAACAGCACUAUUCUUAGGAUAUGAAGAAAAGGAACCAUAAUGGCCAAACCUGCAAGCAUUGGAUCAGGGCUACCAAAACUCAGGUCAAAAAGACCUGGAGACUCUUAAAGUUAAGUAACAAGCACUUGCUGGGUUAUUUUCCUCUCUAGAGUCUAAAGUCAUACAGCCAUUGGAGCAAACUAGGGCAUCUCUACUUUUCCUCUUCUACCCUCCAUUCCCCAAGGAGUCAACUAAGCCAGGGACCUUUGCCCAGGUGGGACUGCCUGAGCCUAAAUAAUAAGCCUUCAUCCUCUCUUCCUAUGCCCUUAUGAAAAUGCUGUAAUCUGGUACACUAAAUAUAAAAACCUUCUAUUUCAUUAGCAUUCAGACUUCCACUUCACUGAGAGUCCUAACAAUAACCCUAUGGAUAGUCACAGAACAGAAAAAGAGCACAGUAGCUCUUCCCUAUCCUAGGGGGAGGAGGCCAGGAUUCUGUCCCACUACCUCUAAUAAUAUUUUGGGUUUGGAAAGAAGACUCCAGAUCCUACUGCAAAUGCAGGCCAUGCAGUCCCCACUGUGUGUACCUGUCCCAAGGUGAAGUCUUAGUUUCUGGAAUUGAAGUUCUAGUGCUCUAGUUUCCAUGGAACAUGAGCCACCCAUUCAGUCUGGAAUUGGGAGGAAGAGAAACACUUCCUGGGUGAAAGGAGUGUUUUUACUUGGCAAAGCUUCCCAGGAUGCUUUCCCUAUUUAAAGCACUGGAGAGCCCUUUAAAAGAAGAAAAGGAGGUAAGAGGGUUCUUUACCAGUCUCUUAGGGUUCCUAGUCAAAAAGGUAGCAUACUCUGUGUGACACACCUACUUCUCGGGCCAUCUCACACCUCUACUCCAGUAGGACUUCUUUUUGAGGAACUGUGAGAGAAGACUGGGCUGGACCUAUGAGGAGCUAUUUCCCUAGAACUAACUAGGACCUCCCAAAGUCCACUAGACCCCUGCCUCAUUCCCACCUUCCAAAGACUUCCUGCAUCCUCAUAGCAAGGAAAAAAGAUCUUGGCUUUUGGCUUCUUUAUGGGAGUGGCCAAUGCCUGUUGGCCCUGGAGUUUUAUAAGAAAGAACAGUCCUAGGUAGCUUUCAGCUAGGAUCAGGAUUUCAGGAAAUACUCUACAAUGCUUGCACUUACAGGCAAUUUAAAGAUAUGUGUAGAGAAAACAGAUUGGAUGAAUGAAAGAAUGAAUGAAUGAAUGCAGGCUUAUAAGAUGUCUGUGCUUGGCCUAAAGUUAUAACUUUUUUCUGAGAGAUGUUUUUCAGUUUUCCUUCAUGCAGUCUUUUUUUUUUUUUUUUUUUUUUAUGCUCUUGCUGGACAGAGCAACAUCCAACAUCCAAGAUCAAUUCCAAACACUUCUAUUUGAAAGUGGGGGAGUGUUUAGGUAGAGCGGACUACAGUCCAAUAUUUACUUUGUACUUCUAGCCUCCUUGGGUUAAUUGACUACUUCUUUGGGUAGACCCCUCCUUUUUCUCCUCCUCCUUGGGCUCUGAGUCAGUUUAACUACUGACUUGUAUGAAGGCAAUCUGCCCCUUUGUGAGCAGACCUGCUGUCUCUGAAAGGGCCCCUGACCCAGCCCCUCCUUGGGGCCCUUCCUGUGUGCACGUGGGUUUAGAGAGCUCAUUGAUUUCCAUCCAAAGGGGCUAAUUACAUUACUUACAGUAAAUAGCGGUCCUGCUGUCAGGUAGGGCUGCCAAAAUUGGGGGGGGGGGCUCCAGCUUAGUUCACUUGAUUGGCUUCAUUUUUUGUGUGAAAUUGUGUUUUAUGAGCUGUAUUCUGGCACCCAGAGGACCCUAAAAGCGUCCACUCUGCAAAUAACAUUAUUUUGACCCGGAGGAGGGGAAAGGUGAGGAAAUAGUGGAGACUUGAGUUUCACGAAGACGCGACCCCAGGAACCUCAGAAAGCAAAGCUUUGGGACAGGAAGUUAGGCUGCUGCACUAUGGGUUGUUUUUUACCAGUCAAUCCUUCUCCGUCUCUUCCUUUCGUGUCCUUCCUUCCCUCCGUCCUUCCUAAGUCCCCUAUCGUUCACGCGGUUCCUUUAUUCUCCCCUUUCUUCCUUUCCUUCGCUAACCCUCUUUUCCAGUUUCUUCUUCUCAGCCUUUCUUUCAGAUUGGGCUAAAGUUCCACUUGGAGCUGCCUGGGUGGAGGGAGGCGGCGGUGCUGCGGGGUGCUGCUUUGGCUUGGCUUUCUAGACAGAAUCCCCGAUGCUCCCCGCAAGGCCGCAGAGUGGUGGUGAAACGGAGUGGCGAGCAGGGAGAAAGGAGCGGGAGCAGUCUUUCUUCCCUUUCGGAUUAAGUUCCUGUCGCUGUUCCUCGCAUCACGAUCCUAGGAUUUUUUUCCCCCCAGUGAAUCCACAAUAUCAGAGUCCUGUGGUAUUGUGGACACUUUUUAAUGGGUCCAGAGGGAGGGGAAGGGCCGAGCUAACAAGAACAGAGGGCAACAGAACAAUACCAUCUCUUGUGAGGAGCAGUCUGCCAUCCUGCCUGUUAGUUCUCACUUCCCCGCCUCCACCCGGAGCCUCUUUCACACCCUCCGAAGUGUGCGGACCACUAGCGGCUAUUGCCUGGUCGUCCUACCUCACGCGGGAAUCCAGCUCACCCAAGACCGGUGAACGUUGACAAAUUCCAAAGGGGACGUUAGAAUCUCCAAGAGUUACCUUCAACUUAGAAUUAGGUAAAAGAGUAACCCACUCCUCGGGCUAAGGUUCUGUUUAGCAUACAGGUCUACAAAACCAUGUCCUGGCCUGGCCUUUACACUCGAAAUAAUAUAUACAUAUAUAUGGAUAUAUUUAUUGGGAGAUAUAUAUAUAUAUACAUAUAUAUAUAUCCCAAAGUAUUACUCAGAAAAGUAGGCUCUCCACGCCCCCUUUUUACUUUGGUGGACAUCUCGGAGCGUGGUGGCACUGCCUGCCCUCGGGAAGGUUAGGCGAGCAGACAACUGUCCGAAGAGUGUUUUUAAUAAGUAAGUUAAGAAGAAAUGGGGAGGAAGGGAGCACGCAUUAAAAGUAUCGUUUCUAAGGAGUGCUUCAAAGUCCGCGCGCGCGGGGAGUGGGGGGCGUUCUACAUUUCUGGUGACAGCCUUGUAAAAUGGGGAUUUAAAAAGGUCUGUAGAUGAGAAGGAACCUUAAGGUUUGGAGUGGAUCUUGUGCGCCUCUGGCUGGGGUCAGAUGAACUAGGAUCAAAUGAGGCUGGCCCUGUCUUUUGCUCCAUCCAGGAUGCGGACAAUAAGGGCUCCUUUACGGCUUUAAAACAUGACUGUUGGGAACUCUUGGAAGGAUAUGUGCUUGAGGGUGUGUGUGUGUGUGUGUGUGUGUGUGUGUGCAGGCGCGCGUGUGGGAAGGGGGUAAAGGCCCCCUCCUUCUGACUCCCCCCCCAAGUCCCCCACCCCUUUGUAAUGUUUGUCCCUGCUUGCCCAUCACCAGGGGGUUGAGAGGAGGUAUGACAGGUCUUUGUUGUCUGAAUAAAAAUCCGUGGCAGCUCCAGGGAGAGGACUCCUCCUACUAAAUUAUCAAAAAUGGGCUGGCUUUAGUCUCUUAACAAAUUGGACACAGCUCUGGCUGGAGCAGUCCCCAACGCAACCUACAGGCACUGGGAACUUGCAGGCAGCCGGGGACCGCUGAAUAUAGCACUUCGUUUUCUUUCUUUGUGUUCAAAACUAUUUUUUUUCUUCCUUAGAUUUUGUUUUCCUCCCCCCACUUCAACCCCCCUCUGCAGUUGUUUCCCAUUAGUAACUCGAUCUCUCACUGCAGUAAGGUUCGCCUGCUUUCCCCUCCGUCCGCGUUUGUUUGUUUUCUGUACAUCUUCUGGAAGACGCUGGACUCCCCACCCCCUCCUCCUCCUUCCCCGUUGUUCUUUUGCCCCAGUCUUUUCCCUCCCAAGUAGAGCUAUUUCUACUCUGCCGUUUUUCUUCUUUUCUCUCCUGUCCCUGUCCCCACGCGUUUCUACGCCUCUCCACCGCGCAGCCCUGUGCGGUCGCCUUUGCUUCUUCACUCGAAUGAACUGAGAGCCCCAGGCGUGUGUUUAUGGAAAUAGUGGGGUGCCGAGCCGAAAACAAUUCGUGUCCUUUCCGCCCCCCAGCCAUGCUCUUCCACGGAAUCUCCGGAGGCCACAUCCAAGGUAUCAUGGAGGAAAUGGAGCGCAGAUCCAAGACCGAGGCCCGUCUGGCCAAAGGCACUCAGCUCAACGGCCGCGACGCGGGUAUGCCCCCGCUCAGCCCCGAGAAGCCUGCUCUGUGCGCCGGCUGCGGGGGUAAGAUCUCUGACAGGUACUAUCUGCUGGCUGUAGACAAACAGUGGCACCUUAGGUGCCUGAAGUGCUGUGAAUGUAAGCUGGCCCUGGAAUCGGAGCUCACCUGCUUUGCCAAGGACGGUAGCAUUUACUGCAAGGAGGAUUACUACAGGUUCUCUGUGCAGAGAUGUGCCCGCUGCCACCUUGGCAUUUCCGCCUCGGAGAUGGUCAUGCGCGCCCGAGACUCAGUCUACCAUCUGAGCUGCUUCACUUGCUCCACUUGCAACAAGACCUUGACCACGGGCGACCAUUUCGGUAUGAAGGACAGCCUGGUAUACUGCCGCGCACACUUUGAGACCCUCUUGCAAGGGGAAUAUCCACCUCAGCUGAGCUACACGGAGCUGGCGGCCAAGAGCGGCGGCUUAGCUCUGCCUUACUUCAAUGGCACUGGCACAGUGCAGAAGGGGCGGCCCCGGAAGCGGAAGAGCCCAGCUCUGGGAGUGGACAUCGUGAAUUACAACUCAGGUUGUAAUGAGAACGAGGCAGACCAUUUGGACCGGGACCAGCAGCCUUACCCACCUUCCCAGAAGACCAAACGGAUGCGAACUUCUUUCAAACACCACCAGCUUCGGACCAUGAAAUCCUACUUUGCCAUCAACCAUAACCCAGAUGCCAAGGACCUCAAACAGCUUGCUCAAAAAACAGGCCUGACCAAAAGAGUUUUGCAGGUUUGGUUCCAAAACGCACGAGCCAAAUUCAGAAGGAACCUUUUGCGGCAGGAGAAUGGGGGUGUUGAUAAAGCUGACGGCACGUCGCUUCCGGCCCCGCCCUCAGCAGACAGCGGCGCUCUCACUCCACCCGGCACUGCGACCACUUUAACAGACCUGACCAAUCCCACUGUCACUGUAGUGACAACUGUGACCUCUAACAUGGACAGCCACGAAUCCGGAAGCCCCUCACAAACUACCUUAACGAACCUUUUCUAACAUUGGUUUUUUUUUUUUUUUGUUUUUGCUUUUGUUUUUGUUUUUUUUGUUUUUUGUUUUUUUUGGGGGGGUUUUUUUUGGGUUUUGUUUUUUUUAAAGGAUUCUUCCUCUUUUUAUUAUUAUUGUAAUAUUAUUAUUUUAUUAUUUACAAGACUUUUUUUUCCUUCUUCUAACCCACAAGAUAUUUGGGGAAUAAAAUAGCAGCUUGGCGUGUAGCAUCUACACCCCUUGGCUAUGAGCUUAUAGUAUUGUCGCUUUUAAGUGAACAAAUUUGGUCUCCAGGAUGUAUUUGACCUUUUUUCUUUAAUCAGUUUUUUUUUUUUUCAGUUGGUAAGGGAAGAUUUUGAAUCAGUCUAAUAAGUGCCUCUUAAAAUUUUAUGUUACUUAUUUCCAGAAUCUCGAAGGGAAAAAAAAAGAAUGCUAUUAGGAUGGGCAAAUUAUAUUCCUGUUCUUGUGAUCAGGUUAUUAAGCAACCAUAUACUUAAUUGUUUUUUUAAAACCUUACAAUUAAAAGUUUUUAUAUUAAAAAUUUUUUUAAAAAAAACCAAAUAUAUUAUUACUGUUUUUUUUUACCUUGAACUACUAAUUCGAGUGAAGAAUAUAAUUAAACAAAAACAUUAAUAUCAAUUUUAAAUGAUGAUUAGCUGGGUGGGCAGUCUAACUCAGGAAUGUGACUUCCUGCUGUUAGAGUUGUACAGCCCCCCUCCCAACUCUUUAUUGCUUUUCAAAAACAAAAAUCUUAAAGUCCCUGAAAAGUUACACUUUAAAAUUUGAAAUUUUAUACUUUUGACCUCCCAAAACACACACACACACACACACACACACACACACACACACACACACACACACACAAAGAAAAGAAAACUCAUCCAGUCUCUGAAACUAUUCUUUCUACCUUUCUGUUUUUUUCCCUUGAGAAAUGGAAAUAAGCAAAAUAUAAUUUUUUAAGAAGUAAAAUUAUUGGCAUAAUUUAUUAAUAAUUAAUUAAUUGGCUUCAGCUGUACCAUGACAUUGUAUCUGGCAUUCUAAAUAAUGUCUUUUCCUUGUUUCUUCCUUUCUUUUUUAAACUGACUUAGUAAACUAACACCAACAAUGAGAAUUAUUUGGUUUUUCUUUAUUUUAUUUUGGCAUAGGUUGACGCAUGUCUAAAAUCCUUUUAACAUUACAGAUGUGAAGUUGUGACUCUUAAAGUAGACAAACUCAGAAGCCUUGUGGAUGCCAAGCUGAAUAUAUUUCCUAGUUUACAGUAGCAUUCUUUUCCUUUUAAUUUAAGGUGAAAUCUUAACGGUCUGGGCAGUGGUGAAUGUUCAUCUCUCUGCUUCUGUUGUAGUUUAAAAACAACAACAACAACAACAACAAAAAAAAAAAACAAACCAACUAGAUUGUGGAUUUCCUAAAACAAUAAAAGAAGAAGUCAAGAUCUAUGUCUUGCUUUAGUGGAUUGUUAAGACUAACUUUGCACAUGCCGUCCACUUUUUUGCACCCCUUAAAUCUCCUCUGGUGGUCGAAGUGGCUAUUUAAUAGAUUUUUAAAGGUGCCCUUCUGGUUGUAUAAGUGUGUGGUUACCUAUCGACAGUUCACUGCCCACAUUGAAGUGCAUUAUUGUAACUCUUGCUCAGGGUCUUUAGAAAAUUAGCACAGAAAGUAGCUUAUUUUUAAAAAAAAAAAGAUGAUGGAAGAGAAGUUAACACUGUAACAGAAGAAAAGUGUGAUCGCCAUUAUAUAUUUAGCAAGUGUGGUCAUCUUCUAUGGAGCUUAAAUCUUGACCUUUCAUAUUUCUCUUACAUUUUGGGCAUUUACCACUAACCAGACCAAACAAUCUUGGUAAGGCUGAGAUCUUAUAUAACACACUUUUACAGGUAAAAUAUCGACACAUAAAUUUUGUUCUUUGGCAGAACAAUAUAUAUAUAUAUAUGGUACUACAGGUCUGCUUUAUUAAGUAGACAGACUUUAACUCAGUUCUCCUAUGUGCCUUAUGAUAUAACUUGGAAGUAAGUUUGUGAGAAAUCAGGAUCUAUGUGUGUUGUUUGUUAAAUUAACUGUUAACCCUUUCGGCACCUCACUAGUUUUGUACUGUUUUACCUCUUAUUUCCGAAACUCUUUUUAUGGUGUAUCCUGUUAGAGGGGACAAACAUGUCAUAGAAAGCAGUUGUGCACUCUUUCAAAAAUAGUUGAUAAAUUCAAUAACCUUAUAUAUUGAGCUUCGUGUUUAUAGUACAGUAAGUGGUCUAGCAAAAUUGUCCAUGUUCCUUUGUUUAUUGAUAAAUGCAUUGUAUAGAAACUAUUUCCCCUAAAUAUUUAUGGACCAAACAAUUGUGAUAUAUCCUAUUAAAUUUGUGUGAAUAAAC